AUGUUUAGAGUCGGGGUUCUACGAGCGCCAACGCUACUCCUACGACGCCAGUUUCCAUCCAAUGUCUUCGUACGGUUCCGGAGUACCUUAGGCGAUGCCGUCAAUCAAACUCCACGCAAAUUCAGUGACGAACAACCUGAUCCUCUUGAUAACCUGGUGGAGAAUGUGGAGAGGCUUAGGCUUACUGAGAAGCUCGAGCGAACCAAAGUGGAGAUGGAGCAAACGGAGGAGACUAUAAAACAUCUUGAAUCAGCGCCUCAAAUCGAACCUGUAAAGAUUGAACCCGAGGCGAGUACCCAAGAGGAAGACAAAGAAGCUAUCAAACUUGAAGAAGAUACCGAUGGCGAUGACAUCAAGGGUCAAGCGGCAUCACUAGCAGCACAGGCCCACGAACUGGGUAAAGAGCCCCCUAAUAUCAGUCAACAAAUUAAUGAAGAGAUUCAUCGCCAGUUUAAGGACUUACCUAGCAGUCAAGAAGCUCGCAAACUGCAAUGGGCGAAAAAGAUUAGCGAUCAAGUCGAGUCAUUGCAUCUGGUUGUGUUGACUGCCACACGAGCAUUGAAUGAUGUCACUGGUUACUCUGUGAUUGAAAAGCUUAAACAACUGAUUGAUAACCUUGAAGAUGAUUUGAAAGCUGCCAAACAGCAAGUGAAGGAAUGUAAACUGGAUUAUGGUGAUGCCAUUCAGCUCAGACUGACAUCACAACGGGAGAUUAAUGAAUUACUUACUCGCAAACACAAUUGGUCGUCAAAAGAUUUGGAAAGAUUCACCGAUUUGUACAGAAAUGAUCAUACUAAUGAACUACGUGAGAAGGAGGCAGCAGAGAAUUUGAACGAAGCCGAACUGAAAGUGGAUGCGAUUCAAUUGAAGUUAACUCAACUGAUCUUAACCCGUUACCACGAAGAACAGAUCUGGAGUGACAAGAUUAGACGAGCUCUGACGUGGGGGACGUGGGUGAUCAUGGGCAUUAACUUGUUAUUAUUCAUAAUCGCAACUUUCUUCGUUGAGCCCUGGAAGCGUAAGCGGCUUGUUGAUGCCUUUGAAGCCAAAGUGAAACAAACAAUGACGGCAGUGGAAACCGGCGAUGAAAAAAUUGUCCAGGAAAUUGCUAAUUUGAAGGUUGCUGAUACUUCGGCAGCAAAUGAAGUGAAGGACUUUGUCAACGAUGUUGUCCACUUCGCAGACACCACCCCCUCCGUCGAAGCUGAGUACGAGGCCAAUCAAAAGCAGCUCGCUAAAGAGAAAGAAGCAAACGAACAGGCAGUUCAAGCUCAAAAAGACGCAGCCGAUCGAGUCCCUGGGGUUACAGGUGCUUGGGAAUCACUUAAGCUGUUAUUGGUUCAAGCUCGAUACGAUUUGCUGUUGUGGUGGGCGCAUGUUGUUCAAGUGAUGCUCACCACCGUGGAAUUACGCAAGCUUGACAUUGCGGGGACUGUUUCAAUGUGUACCAUAAUAGGUGGAGCUUUGGGCAGCUAUCUCACUCGUCAUUUCAAACUUACAUAG